CCGCUAGCUGGUCGUCUGCCUGCCGGUGGGACAGUGGGGAGCCAAGUCCUGCCCUCAGCCAGAUUUCCGUAUGUUGUGAAGUACAUGCAUUUAUUUCUGCCUUAAAAUUACUGAUGCCAAUGCUUGCUAUGGCAUCUGUGGCUUCGCCGGUUAUAUUCAAGGAGUUUUGUCCCUUAUAUUAUCUACUCAAUGCCAUUCCAACAAAGGUCCAAAAAGGCUUUCGCUCUAUUGUGGUAUACCUCACAGCGCUUGAUACCAAUGGAGACUACAUUGCAGUGGGGAGCAGCAUUGGGAUGCUUUAUCUCUACUGCAGACAUUUAAACCAGAUGAAAAAAUAUAAUUUUGAGGGGAAAUGCGAAUCUAUUACUUUUGUAAAGCUCUUGAGUUGCUUCGAUGAUCUAGUUGCUGUUGGUACGGCCUCAGGUCGGGUUGCAGUUUUUCAGCUUGUGUCCUCAUUGCCUGGGAGAAACAAACAGCUUCGGAGAUUUGAUGUUGCUGGUAUCCACAAAAGUAGCAUUACAGCUUUAGCUUGGAGUCCCAAUGGAAUGAAAUUAUUUUCUGGAGAUGACAAAGGAAAGAUUGUUUAUUCUGCUCUAGACCUAGACCAGGGUAUUUGCAACUCUAGCCUUGUGUUGGAAGAGCCAUCUUCGAUCGUCCAGUUGGAUUACAACCAGAAAGUGCUGCUUGUCUCAACUUUACAACGAACUGUACUUUUCUACACAGAAGAGAAAUCUGUCAAGCAAGUUGGAACACAGCCCAGAAAAAACAGCGGCAAAUUUGGAGCGUGUUUUAUACCUGGCCUAUGUAAACAGACUGAUUUGACACUGUUUGCUGCCAGACCUGGACUUCGCCUCUGGAAGUCUGAUGUUCAUGGAACUGUUCAGGCCACGUUCAUAUUGAAAGAUGUAUUUGCUGGAGGAAUAAACACUUUUGAAUUGUAUCCACGUUUGGAAACAUCCAGCAGAGGAAGUUAUAGCUCCCCAGAAAAACACCUCGGGCUUGUUUCAUGCUUUUUCCGAGAAGGAUGGGUGCUGACCUGGAAUGAAUACAGCAUCUAUUUAUUAGACACUGUGAACCAGGCUUUGAUUGGUGGAUUGGAAGGAUAUGGUGAUAUUGUAUCUGUGUCCUGCACGAGCAGUGAGAUUUUUCUCUUAAAGGGAGAUAGAGACAUAAUAAGAAUUUCAAGUAGACCAGAAGGACUGUCAUCAAUAGUUUCAGAUGUGAAUUCAAAAGUGGUGAAUCCUUUAACAGAUAUGAGUCCUAAUUUGCUGACCCCGUUAUCAGUAGUUGCAUCUGUAUCAUCUAGCCCUUCAGUGGAAACAGAUAAAAAAAUGGUUACUUCCCCUUCAGGUAUUGGUCAUAAAAAUGACUCUUAUUCUUUAGUGAAAGAUAAGCUGGAAACUCCAACGCUAUUGGAAAAAAGCUUUGAUAGAGUGGGAGACUUGAGCAAUGAAACAAGAAAAAGGGGCUGCUCUGUAGCAAGCGAGUCAAGAAGCAGGAGCAGCUCAGUAAAUUCUGUGGACAGUGGCUCUAGUUUUAUGAUAUGUGCAGACUCAGAAGCUCAGAGGGAGUGUCAUCUUUCUUCACAACGGUUCAGCACUAUCAGCUCUGAAGACUUUGAUCAAGAACUCAUUGUAAAGCCCAUUAAAGUGAAAAAGAAAAAGAAGAAGAAACAAGAAAGUGGGACCAAAAGAAACCAUGGCUCUCUGGAAGGUACGCCAAGUUACGAGCGUCAGCUCUCUGGUGACAGUCCACAUUCAUUGACUGCAGAUUCAUUUUCCAUGACAUCCAGCCUAAUGAGUGGCAGCAUUGAUCAUUUGAGUACUGGGUCUCCAGAUCAGGAAAGCAUGUUCAGUGUGGAGUCCCAUACAAUCUUGCAAGAAGAUAAUGGUUCAGAAACCUUCAGCAUCCUACAGUCUCCUGAGUCUGCAACUGAGCUAAUUCCUGAAGAAAAUGGAGAUACAGUUAAUGCACAGAAACUUCCAAACAGUGACAGUGGCAUGGGUACAUCAACGGUUAUAGAUACAUUGACAUCUGUCUCCCCUCUAAUUGUCACAGAAGACAUAACAAACAAUGUUGAUACUGAAAAUAACCAUAGCGUGCUUUCUGCAAGCAAUGAAUGCUGUCUUGAAAACCCUCACCAAGAAGAUCAGGAUUUUAGUGCAUUGUGUAAAAUAGAUGAAAAUUUAGAUAAAAUGGAUCUGCAGGAUACUGAAAAGCCUUUUGAAGAGCCAGACCUUACAGACCAAAUGGUUUUGGAAUCUAACAGUAUACUUGGUGUUCAGACAUCACUGCCACCGAAGGAAAGUGAUGAAACUGGUAGCGAAGACCAACAGCAGCAUUCUCUAAUACACAGUGCUCUGUCAGAUCCUUCUGUUCUCCACUUUGACAUCUCUAAAGAUACUGAUUCAGAGAACACUUCACUUUCUGGAUGGAAUUUUGAAAGUGCAAUCAAAGCUAAACCUAGUACUAGCACUGCUGAAUGGGUAACAAACACUCAUGAAAGUAAGACAGAGAAAUCUGCCUCAAGUGAUGAAGAGGAGGAUAUUUAUGGACAUGGAUUACCGUAUUCAUCCUCGGAAACCAGCAUGCCUGAAGUUGGUGCUGAGCCUGGUUCCCAGGAUGUGUCCAGGACAAGCCUAGAUGAAACGGUGCUGUUAAAAUCUGAUCAGUUUGCAGAGAGCUGGAUGGGAUACUCUGGCCCUGGCUAUGGCAUCCUGAGCCUGGCUGUCUCGGAAAAGUAUAUUUGGUGCCUGGACUACAGAGGCAGCCUGUAUUGCAGCGCUCUCCCGUCUGCUGGACUGCGGUGGCAGAAGUUUGAAGAUGGUGUCCAGCAGGUGGCAGUUUCCCCCUCAGGGGCACUUCUCUGGAAGAUUGAACAGAAGACUAACAAAGCAUUUGCUUGUGGAAAAGUAACUAUAAAAGGAAAACGCCACUGGUAUGAGGCUUUACCCCAGGCUGUAUUUGUAGCCUUAAGUGAUGACACUGCCUGGAUCAUCAGAACAAAUGGAGAUUUGUAUUUGCAAACAGGCCUGAGUGUGGAUCGUCCUUGUGCCAGAGCAGUAAAGGUUGAUUGCCCUUAUCCACUGUCGCAGGUUACCUCCAGAAAUAACGUUGUAUGGGCAUUGAGUGAGCAACGGGCCCUGCUAUACCGGGAGGGAGUACGCAGCUUUUGUCCUGAAGGAGAGCAGUGGAAGAGCGAUAUUGUCAGUGAAAUGCAGGCUUUGGAACCAGUGUGUAUAACUCUUGGAGAUCAACAGACAUUAUGGGCUUUGGAUAUCCAUGGAAAUCUGUGGUUCAGAACUGGUAUAGUUUCAAAGAAACCACAAGGAGAUGACAACCAUUGGUGGCAAGUAAGCAUCACCGAUUAUGUAGUGUUUGACCAGUGCAGCUUGUUCCAGACGAUAAUCCAGGCAACUCACACAGUGGCAACAGCAGCUCAGGCACCUGUAGAGAAGGUGGCUGACAAACUUCGAAUGGCUUUUUGGUCACAGCAGCUUCAGUGUCAACCCAGCCUCCUUGGAGUUAAUGGCAGUGGAGUCUGGAUCUCUUCAGGCAAAAAUGAAUUCCAUGUAGCAAAGGGAAACUUAAUAGGUACUUACUGGAAUAAUAUUGUGCCUCGUGGUACUGCUUCUGCCACAAAAUGGAUUUUUGUGUUGGCUUCUGCAGCUUCAUCAAAAGAAGGAAGCUUUUUGUGGCUGUGCCAAAGCAACAAGGAUCUGUUUUGUGUCAGUGAUCAGAAUCCUCAGUUUCGUCCUUCUACGGUACAGCUGCCACCGGAGGUUGAAAUGGUGCACUAUUCUGCCUGCCAGGAUGCCAUCUGGGGUUUGGAUAGUCUUGGGCAGAUAUUUAUCAGAACACUUUCAUCCAGCUGUCCAACAGGGAUGCAUUGGACAAAAUUGGAUCUCUCUCAACUAGGUGCCAUAAAGCUGAUCAGCUUGUCCUGUGGAAAUCAGCAUGUUUGGGCCUGUGACACCAGUGGUGGUGUUUAUUUCCGUGUAGGAACCCAGCCUCUUAACCCCAGCUUGAUGCUUCCUGCAUGGAUAAUGAUUGAGCCACCUAUACAGCCAGUAGGAGUCAACUUGGUCAGCAUUCAUUCAAGUCCAAAUGAUCAGAUGCUGUGGGCAAUUGAUAGCAAAUGGAAUGUCCACGUACGAGUGGGAAUUACAGAAGAAAUGCCUGUAGGCACUGACUGGGAGCAUGUACCAGGUUUGCAGGCAUGUCAGCUGGCCAUAAGUACAAGGACCGUUUGGGCGCGCUGUCCAAAUGGAGAUGUAGCUCGUCGAUAUGGCAUCACUGACAAGAAUCCAGCAGGAGACUACUGGAAGAAGAUUCCUGGAAAUGUCUCACGUUUAACAGUGACCCCUCUAGAUGAACUGUGGGCAAUCAGCACUUCAGGAUCCCUUCUCCAGCGCCUCACUAAGACCUUUAGCCAUUCCCAUAAUUUGCAGAAAAAUAAUGAUGCUUCUGUUCUGCUUCACCCUGAUGAUUUUGAAGAUGAAUGGGAAGUGAUAUGAAGUAUCUCAAGCUUGUGAAGCAGUGAAAAAAAACAGAAGGACAUACAGAAUUACUGUAAUGUAUGUACAGAAUGUUGGAUCUAAAAAGCCACUCAUGUUGGACCAGUGAUAUUAGCACUUUUGUAUUUAAAAAACUGACAUGUUAAAUAGCCCUCAAGCUGUGAGUUCUGAUGUCUGUUCCAGUAUCUCUUGGGAGACUCUUUAGGUGUGGCAUACUGCAAUUGUUAUACCGUACUACUGUAGCAGCUCCUUUGGAAACAUAAUUCUUUAACUUAUUCUGAUUAGCAAUGAAAGUGAGUAUUUCACAACAGCAUGCACACUAAUACAUGUGUACUUAUUUUGAGAAGGAUUUCUGUUGCAUUAAAUAUUUCUCUCCAGCAGAAACAUUAAUUUUUUCUCAAUUUCUUCUUGUAUGUGAAACUCCAAACUUAUGGGAACACUCUCCAACUAUUGUAUAUAUUUACAAUAAUUUUUUCCUUGCAGCAUGGAAGAAAGUAUGUUGAAGUAUUUCUUAUUGGGAUCUCAGAACAUUGUGAUUCCACAGCAUUGGUGUUGAAAUGAGCUUAGUUUGGUCCGUUUCCAUAUAAAUAUCUGCUGCGAGGCUAUACUAACCUUCCAUGUCUACAAAUUCUGUUUCUAACUUGGCUUCAUUCACAAGUGAGAAGUUUGGAUUAUACCUAAUAUCAGGGGGACGUUUGCUCAUUUCACGCAGCCAUCAGGAAGCUGACAGUUUUGGUGGGGGGUAAGUCCCACUUCGGAAUAGGAAGAAGUUGCAUGUUGGGUUUGUAGUACGAUGCAGGAAUGUACAAGGCAGCUUUCAUAAUACCUGUUAUUGCUAUAUUUGUGCCUCCAGCCAGUGCUUUAACAUUUGGACUCAAAUUGUUUUGAGUGCCAAACAUAGAUGUAUUAAAAGCAAAAUGGUAAUUGAUAGAAUUACCUGUAUAUCCCAUUAAAAAUUGUGAUAUUGUGAGAAAAUACUUAACAAUAUUGUGAUUUUUAGCUAUGUUAGCUAAAUUUGAAGUGUCUUAUACUUAACAGAUGUUACAGCAGAGGUAUGUGAUGAACUGGGAAGUAACCUAAGUUAAUCAUUGCAGUUUAUUUUUCUUUAAACUCUAAAUCUUUUUUGAAAGAUACCUCAUCUUUUUUAAGCAAUAGAACUAUGGAUGAGAGAACUUUAGUUCGGUAUGUAGGCGGAGGAGUUUUGUGUUCUUUCUAAGCUUAUAAACCAUCAGAAUGUUUAAGCAGCUGCUAACAAAUACUGUAAAUGAGCCAGCUUCAGAAAAGGCCGGGUGUUGAACAGUGGGGAUGUUUCUGUUUUGAGAACUUAAUCGAUACAUACAGAAAAGGAUGUGUUUUAUUUUUAACCUCUGUUCUCUUUCAGAAUAAUUCAUGCAUGUACUGCACUAAACUUGGAACAAACGAGGUGCAAGGUGAGAAUGUAGAUCUGUGGAGAGAGAACCAAGUUAUGUCACUUUCUUUUGUUACUAUUAUUUUUAGUACCACUUGUGAUACUGGCUGUCAGUUCUCAGUCUGUUCUUUUAGUCUUGCAGGGUGGACAGCUUUGUUUCCCUUUUACAGAUGAUGCUUGCUUCAUUGCUAGCUCAUCCGUAUAUGGAAAAUACCCCCAGAGGGUUUUUUUAGCCUGUCUGGCAGUGGAUUGUAAUGGAAUCUGCUCACGAAGUAACCCAGUUUGUUUUAUGCAAGCGUAGCUUGGUAUCUUGAGGACCCCAAAGAAGCUGAAACUCAGCUCCUGAAUCAACCACUUUGGAGAAGGGAUACGGGUACUUCUCUGCACCCUACCAAGCACCGGAUGCUCAAGUACAGUGGCAUUAUUUAAUAGUGACACUUUUGUAUUACAUUUUUCAAAGUUAUCUUAGUAAUGGCUUGAGCUUGCUAGUUGUUUGUUUACUGUAUGAUACUGUACCUUGCUAUGGUCGUUAAUAUUAAAUUGGUGUCGAGCUCUUCUCAGACUACUUUUUAGGGUAGUUUUAAUAAAACUAGGGUUUUUUUAUUUUAUUUCUGUAUUUAGGUUUUUGUUUGUGCUUU